AUGAAUGUCAACGAAGAAGAACAUGUAAUGCUAUCUUAUAGUUGGAAAAGCCAAAAAAUUGUGAAACAAAUUUAUAAUUUAUUAAGAAAAGAAAACAUUCCCGUUUGGUUUGAUAUUCAAGGUGGAAUGAAAGUCGAUAUUUACAAAAGUAUGGCAAAAGGUGUGGAAAAUGCAUUUGUCGUCUAUUGUUUCAUGUCUCCUGAAUAUCAAGAGUCUGACAAUUGUAAACUCGAACUAAAAUAUGCUCAAACACGACGUAAACGAAUCAUUCCAUGUAUUGUUACUGAUACCCAAGGAUGGAAACCAUCGGAUUGGUUAGGAUUGAUCACGGCUGGUCUUCUGUACGUCAAUUUCAAAGAUUAUUCAGAGAAACAAAUCGAAUUGAAAACCAAAGAAUUAAUUGGUCAUAUUCAGGAAAAUUCUUUUUCGAAAGAAUCAUUCUGUGAACCCACAUAUUUGAUCGAAUUGAUUAAAUAUAAAUAUACUCAAAGAGAAAAUACACAUGUUCAAUCAAUCUUUGAUGGAAAUCGAUUCUAUCCGAUCAAAGUAAAUUCUUUUCAUUUCAAAAAUCACCAAAUCGAAGAUUUAGAAGGCAAACACCGAAUAUUGAUCACCGGACCAAAUGGAAUCGGUAAAACAAGUUUAUGUCAAUAUCUUGCUUACCAAUGGUCAAUCAAUUCGUUUGCUUGUCAAUAUAAACAUCUCAUUUUCAUUCGUUUACGUCAUUUAACAAUGUAUCAGUACCCACCGAAUGAAACUUAUUCCAUAUUCAAUUUAAUUAACAAAGAAAUCUUUGGAAAUAAUCUUUCGCAAGAUGAUGAAAAGCUCUUCGAAAGUUCGUUUGAUAUUCGACAGACUUUGUGGAUUCUCGAUGGUUAUGAUGAGAUUCUGCUAAAUAUUCCACCGCAUUUAGGAUCGUUGUUGAAACAACUGAUGAACAUGCUAUUUCAGAUUGUCACAAGUCAAUCGAUGACGAAAAUAUUUUCGAAUCAUUUUCAAAUGGAAAUUAUUGGAUUUAACCAACAAAAUAUCGAAGAAUAUUGUGAGGAGAAGGUUUUGUUUGAGUUUGUGAAGAAAAAUCAAAGGAUAUGGGGAUUUGCGCAUGUGCCAAUGCAUAUGGAAAUGAUUUGGAAUCUUUCGCUCCGAGAAAAUCUUCAAGAUUUAACAAUCACGAAAUUAUAUUCGAAAAUUAUCGAAUUGUUAUGUGAAAAGAAUGAGAAAGUGGAAGAAUUUUUCGCGACUUUAGCUUUUAAUGCAAUGAAAAAUAAUACGAUUAUUCUUCGAUCGAGUUUAAUCAAGCCGAUAUUAGCCGAAAUGAGACUUUCUCAAGAAGAAUAUUUCUCAAUUAAAAAUCUAAGGAUUUGGAAGAAAUCUGCGAAUGAUCAACAAAUCGAUGGAGAUUAUUAUUUCAUUUCCACGGCUUUUCAAGAAUAUUUCACCGCGAAGUAUUUAAUCAAGGAAAAUCAACUCUGGAAGAUUAUUUUAGAAAAACCAUUAGAUUUGGUUGGAAUCACACAUAUUCAAUUAAUCAUUUUUUGUUUGGAACAAUCAAAUCUUCUCGAAAGAGUCGAAUUAUUCCAUCCUAUCAUCAAAUGGAUCGAAUUUAUCCUAUCACCCAGAUAUUUUCACAUAUAUAAACAUUUUCUCGAUUCGUUACAAUUCAAUCAUUCAUUAUCUCAUUUAAAUUCGUUAAAUGAUUUGUUUAUCAAAUUACUUCGAAGCAGAGAUUCGAAUGAAAAACUAAACGUUUGCUAUUUGAUCUCGAAAUUAUCGUUUGAAACACCUUCACAAUUAUUAAUUCAAAUGCUUAUCAAAACAUUCGAUGACAAAGAUUCGGAUGUGAGAGAAUCUGCGUGUAAGGCGAUGGUUAGUAUGGCUGAGAAAUCGUCGAAUGAUAACAUAAUGAAAAAUCUUGUGAUUGCGCUUAGUAACGGUAGUAAUUAUAUUAGGCAAUAUGCGUGUCGAACGAUUGAGAAUAUUUGUGAGGAGAAUGUGAUCACUGAUGAAGUUGGUAGGAAGCUAGUUGACUUACUGAGAGAUGAGGAUGAGUUUGUAAGAAAAAAUGCAUGUCAAGCUUUGGGAAAAUUGAGAGAAAAGAAUGAAGUUGUUGAUUAUUUAAUCAGUGCACUUCGAGAUGAAGAUGAAAAUGUCUGUACGAAUGUUUGUAAAAUACUUCAACAAAUAGGAGAAACGAACGUGUCAAAUGAGUUGAUUAAUAAGUUAUUAGGUUCACUUAAACAUAAAAUCGCAAGUAUUCGACAAUAUUCAUGCGUAAUUCUUGGAGAUUUAGGCGAGAAAGUGAUGAAACGUGAAGUUAUUACUGAACUACUAAGUGCAACCAAUGAUGAGAGUUAUUUUGUUCGAGGAGCUGCGUGUCAAGCCCUGGGUAAGAUCGGUUCACAAGUGUUACUUGAUGAAAUCUUUUCCAAAUUGUUAUUUUCCCUCGAAGAUAACAAAGACUAUGUCCGAAUGCACGCCUGUGAAGCAUUAGGAAGUCUCGGCGCAAAAAUCACCACAAACGAAGUGAUCGGUCGACUAAUUUUUUCCUUCAAUGAUCAAAAUGAAACCGUUCGGGACCACGCUUGUCUCGCGAUGGCAAAUAUCGGUAGAUAUUUCGAAAUCAACCAAAUCACUCGCAAAUUACUCAACGCCAUUCAUCACGAAAACCCUUACGUUCGCCAAUACGCGUGUUUAACUCUCGGGAAAAUGAGCGAAUAUUCUGCAAGGGGUGAAAUUAUCGAGAAACUCAUCAGUGCGCUCAGCGACACAGACGAAUACGUUCGAAUGAGUAUUUGUCAAAGUUUAGGCCAAAUUGGAAAAGAUUUCCGAACGAAUGAAAUAACUGAGAAGUUAAUCGCGACUCUUCAAGACGAAAGCGAAAAUGUUCAACGGUACGCGUGUAUUUCAUUGAGAAAACUCGGCGAAACGAUCGAAACCAACCGAAUUAUUAGAGAUCUGAUCAUGAAAACGAAGAAUGAAGACGAAAGUAUUCGAAUGAAAGCGUAUAUAAGUCUCGAUGAGAUUAGUAAAAGGGAAAUUAGUAACGAAUUUUGGGAUAAACUAGUCAAUACGCUCGAACAUGAAAACGAAUAUAUUUAUCAAUAUGUUUGUUUAGCUCGAGGUAAAACGGAGAAUAAUCAAGUUAUCAGCAGAUUAAGAGACGCGAUGGCAGAGAGAAACGAGAAUAUUCAAAGAUAUGCGUGUAAGGCACUGGCAAAAUUAGGAGAAAGUGCAGCGAAUGAAGAGAUUAUUGGUCAAUUGAGGGUUUUACUGAAUGAUUCGAAUGAAUUCAUUCGAGGAAAUGCGUGUGAAACUCUUCGAAGCUUUAGAGAGAAAGCGAUCCAAACUGAAGUGAUUGGAGAGUUAAUGAAAAGGUUGAUAGAUGAUGAUGAACAUGUCAGAUUCAGUGCAUUUCAAAUUAUUGAAUGUUUUACUCAAAUAGAAGAGACAAAUCUGGUGAUUAAGUAUUUAAUCAGUGGGAUUGAACAUGAAGAUGAGUUUAUUCGACUAUAUUCGUGUUUGUUGUUGAGAAAUAUGAAAGAAAAACAAGUGACUCAUGAGAUUAUUGACAAAAUAGGAAAAUUGUUAGAGGAUCAUGAAGUAAAUAUCCAAAUAAGUGCGUGCGAAACACUUGGAAUCAUAGGGAAACUAGUAGAAACCGAGAGAAUCUGUCAGAAACUAGUUCAUUUCAUAGAAAACAACCGAAAUUCACGUCUUCGAGCGAGUUUAUGCCAAACCAUUGGAAAUCUAGGAGAAAAACUCAGAACCAAUCCUGUUUUCACGGAGUUUUUGCGCGUUGCAUUGACGGAUAACAACGAUUCCGUUCGUUUAAAUGCUUAUCAAGCCUUGGCGAGUCUUUCGGCAAUCACAGACGAAAUUCUUCUUAUUGCUUUGGAAGAUGAGAGUAAAGCGAUCAGAAAGUACGCAUGUGAAUAUCUUUCGCAAUCACGAGCAAAAAAUUUCGUUAUCAAAAGAUUAUUUCAAUGUUUGAAAGAUGAAGAUCAAUUCGAUUUAGUCACAAUUCGUUCUCUAAUCGAGAAAUUCUCCUCAGAAACAAGUCAAUUCGAUACCGAACUAGUUGAAUACUUGUAUCAAUAUGUUGAUCGAUUUGGUUUUUGCGAUUUGAAUAUUGUAGAGUUGUUUGAGAAAUUUGUGAGUACAAAUGAGUAUGCUUGGUUGUCAGUUGCGGUUUUAGCCACGAUUUUUAAAGGAUAUGCGGUUUGCUUGGAAGAACAUCAGUUAAUUAUGUACGAUGAGAAAGAAUUGGUCAAAGUCGAUUGUUUCAAUGAAGAUUUCAGUAGGAAAAUAAUCGAAACUUUCCGAAGAGAAAGAGAACGAUUGGAAUUUCCAUCGAUAGAAAUACCGACGCAUUUUCUUCAAGCGGAACAUCAGAAAAUUUUGUCUACCGAGCAAAUUAAUCAGGAAGGAUGUUCAGUUUUGUGUAAUUUAUUGUAA